AUGCUCACUUAUGAAGAAUCUCAAGAUGAGAGUGAGAGACUUCUUAUAGGGACGAAAAUACUUGAAGGUACUCACUACGUGAUGCAUCCUAAUGGAUCAGCAAUGUUUGCUGUAAAGAUUGGUUCUCCUUCUUUUGAGCUCUUUCCUUUUGAUGAUACAAAUGGAGAAGAUUUUGAGUAUUCUUACGCAGGAGAAGGUAUUGCGAAAGGUUAUGGUUUCAGGUAUCCUGGUUACAAACCGGGUUCACUGUUUGUGACAUCUAAAGGUCUUCUCAUGUUUGUUUGGAAAGAAACUAGAGUUGUGUUGACAUUGCAAAGACUUGAUCUUGAAGAUCUUUUGAAGAAAGGUGUGUGUGUGUAUCUCCUUUGCCUCCAUGUCUGA